GGUGUAGUGUUAGGUUAGUCAGGUUAGUGUCGUGAGAAUUAUAACGAAUGCGGAGCGGAGAAAAAAAAAAGAGCUCUAGUGGUGGGCCCGUAAAGGUGCCCCUUUUCUAGAAAAAAAUUAAUAGUAGUAGCUAGUGCUAAUAGAUUUGGUUAGUUCAGUGGGGAACUGGGGAGGACCCUGUUCUCAAUUUCAACUCAAUUAGGAAAGGAUGUCCGACCAGGAAAGCACAGAAGAUGUACCCGAUCCGAAACGAUCUGGCGAAGAAGUGAAGACAGUUGGAAAACCUAUAGAAGAACCUUGCUUUGCAAGCUCCAAAGAAGCAGUUGUUCAGGAAGUUAUUUCUGAUGAUGACAAAACUGAGGAGAAACUGCAACCUACUGAGGAAGUGGAACAACUGAAACAGGUCCAAUUGGAUGAGGACAAAAUUCCAGAAACCUCUGAUAGUGCAAUUUGUCAGCUAUAUACUAGCCAAGAAGAAGAAAUUAUAUCAAGCACCAGUCAAGACCAACUACAAAAUAAAGCUGGCGUUAUGAACGACAUCGCCAUGCUGGAAGGAAUCAUAUAUACCAACCAGAAAAUUGAACAGGAAAUUGGCAGCAAUGUUGACGAAAUGAAAAUUGACGACAUUUCUGAAGAAAAGGAACAAUCCUCUCCUUUAACAGAAGUAGAGAUAAAAAAAGCAGGUACUAUAGAAGGAAUUGGAGUGGAAAAACAGGAAAACGGUUUCCACCAAGAAGAAAAGCAAGAAAAUGGAUUGGCACAGGACAUGGAAGCAAUUGAUGUGAAAGAAAAUACUGAUGAUGUGAAAGCAAAAACUGACGAUGUGAAAGAAAAUACUGAUGGUGUGAAAAAAGAUAGUGAUGAAGUAAAGGAAAACUCUGAUGAUGCAAAAAAAGAAGAGAAAAUAGAUGAAACUGAAUGCAUUUCCGAUGACGAACUGCCAGCACCACCUGUAGAGAAAGUUCCAGAAACUGAAGAGGUAUCCGAUGAAGAGCUACCUGGACCAAAGCUGGCUGAAUUACCUGCUGAUACUGAAGUGGUGUCUGAAGACGAGCUUACAAGCCCUAAAACCCCUAAGAAGGAUGAAAAAGCUGACGAAAUAAUGGAUCAUGAAGUGAAAGAGAAAGAGAGUAGCAAACGGAAACAUGGUCAUCAUUCCUCGGGAUCGGCUACAGAAGGAGGUGAAACUCCUCCAAAAAAAACAAAAGAAGAGAAAACUGAAAAACAAAAAGGAGGUGAUGCAGCAAAAACAAAACCCAAAAAACUGCCAGAACUUGAUAAGUAUUGGAAAGCUGUAGACGAUGAUCCUACAGAUUUCACCGGUUGGACCUAUUUGUUGCAAUAUGUGGAUCAAGAGAAUGACAUGAAAGCAGCAAGGGAAGCCUACGAUGCCUUCCUCUCUCAUUAUCCCUACUGCUACGGAUAUUGGCGCAAAUACGCCGAAUAUGAGAAAAGGAAAGGCCACAAAAAAAAAUGUGAAGAGGUGAUUGAACGGGGCCUUAAAGCUAUUCCACAAUCAGUAGAUCUAUGGAUGCACUAUCUGUCUCACAUCAAGACCUGCAAAGGAGAGGAUGAGGAAUACAUAAGAACGCAAUUCGAGAGAGCGAUCAGCGCCUGCGGCCUUGAAUUCCGUGCGGACGGAUUAUGGGAAGCCUACAUCCAAUGGGAAACUGAUGGAAAACGAGUACAAAAAGUCACCUCGAUCUACGACAGGCUCCUUGCUGUUCCAAUUUACCUCUACACCACUCAUUUUGACAAUUUCCAAGAGCACGUCGCUUCGAACUCACCCAACAAAAUUUUAGGUGUGGACGAGUUUAUGGCGAUUCGCAAAGAAGUGCGCACCACACUAAAAUCUGAAGAAAAACCGGAGAAUGUAGACCUGCCGCCUGGCGACGAGGAUACUAAGCUUUACACCACUGACGAUGAAUCAAAAGCUAUAAGAGAACGUAUAAUAACAACACGAAGAAAAGUGCAUAAACAAACUGCAAAUGCCGUUCAGGCACGUUGGAACUUUGAGGAAGGGAUUAAGCGUCCAUAUUUCCAUGUUAAACCGCUUGAACGUUGCCAACUAAAAAACUGGCACGCAUAUUUGGAUUACGAGAUUGGGCAGGGUGAUAAACAGCGGAUAGCCAUUUUAUUUGAAAGAUGCCUGAUCGCGUGCGCCCUCUACGAAGAAUUUUGGAUGAAAUACAUCAGUUUCCUGGAAAGCAGGGACAAAAAAAAAAAUACCGACCAAGAACAACGCAUCCGUGAGAUUUAUGAGAGAGCCUGUACCAUACAUCACUUGAAAAAACCAAAUUUACACUUGCAGUGGUCUCUGUUUGAGGAGAACUGCGGAAACGUGAUUCGAGCAGCGGCAAUUUUGGAGAACCUCGAAAAACAAGUGCCAAACUUGUUGUCGAUAGCCUAUGGAAGAAUAAAUUUGGAGAGAAGACAAAAAAAAUUUCAACAGUGUUGCGACUUAUUUGAACAUUAUAUGGGGAAUUUUAAAAAUAAGCUGAUAGUCAGUCAUAUUGCUGUUAAAUAUUCGCGGUUUUGUCUCAACUUGCUUGAUGAUUUUGGAAAAGCCAGAGAGAUUUUGAAAUCUGCUAAUGUAAAAGACCCAAACAAUCCCCGUCUCUACCUCCAACUUGUUGAUUUGCUCAUGCAGAGCAAGAAUUUCAACGCAAAAGAAGUUUUGGAAGUGUUAGACGAAUUUUUGGCCAAAGACAAUGUGGAUCCAGACCAAAAGGUACUUUUCGCACAAAGAAAACUUCUCUUCCUGGAAGAUUACAGUGAUAAUAUAGCGUCUGUGAAAGCCGCAAAAGAACAAUAUCAGAAAUGUCUACAAAAAUCUACAAAAAAAAUGCCAAAGAAAAAGGAAAACACAAGUGAUUUCUCUACGCCAUCGAGUAGUAGGAAAAGAGACAAAGAAAGUUCCUCGACACCACAAGGCCAGUCUUCAUCUGGGAGUUACAGUUACGGAAAUUCAAGUGGUCAUCAGUCCUCAUAUAAUUAUGCUGGAUCCCAACAAGGACAGUAUCAUUAUCAACAAUAUGGACAAGGGGAUCAGUACCAAUAUCAGAAUUGGCAAUACCCUCCACAAGGUGGUUAUGGAGGCUACAACCAAUGGGGUGGCUACACAGGUGGCUACCACUACUAGUUUAGGAUUUGUGUUUUCAAGCAUUUGUUUUUUUUUUGUUCAAAUUAUUUUUUUAAAUCUAGAAAUAUAGUGUCCACCAUGAUUCUCGCCAUAUAGAAGGAAACUUUUCAUUUGUAUGAUGGACACUGUAUAUCAGCAUUUUUCAUUUGUUUUUUUUUGUCAUAUUAUUUUUUUUAACUAGAAAUAUAGUGUUCGCCAUGAUUCUCGCUAUAUAGAAGAAAACUUUUCAUUGGUAUGGUGGACACUGUAUGUAAGAAUUUUUCAUUUGUUUUUAAUGCUAUAAUAUAUAAUAUUAUGUAUGCAUUUGUAUUUGCCUAAAAGGCUAUUUUCAAUAAAUUGAUACGAUCUUCACGUUAA